AUGCCGUCCAGACUGCGCAGUGCGCUCCCAAGGAGCCUGUCGCGUCCUUUGGACCCUGGUGGUGCCUACUAUUGCCCUUCAUGCACACCCUGCCGACGAACGCUGGCAACGCAUACCCGUAUAAACACCAACGGUGACAAAUUCGACCGAGCGCGUCGGGGCCGUCGCCAGCUGGAGUCCUCAUCGGUGACAAAUCCGCGCCUAUUCACUACAUCGCCUGCUAUCAAUCCCGGCAAGACCGUUCCGCCCCGGUUCAAGGAGCUGUACGAUGCCCUUGGUGGAGUCAAGGAUGCGGCGAUCGAGCAGGUCAGCAUCAGUCGAUUGCAGCUUGCCUUGCGAGGAUUGGAGUCGGAGGCACCAUUGAUCAGAAUUGCCGUACUCGGGCUUGACAAUGCCGACUCCGCGCGCAAGCUAGUUCGCCUUCUGCUAGCCGAUCCACUGGGACCACGGGAGGACUGGGAAAAUGUGCUAGAAGGAUACGAAUCCGAUCCUACGCGAGGUUUGCUGAUUCGGUAUGACCUCGAAAUCGUCGCUUUAUAUAAACAAUACAAACUAAUGCUUGAUGCGACCUACAGAUACGGCGAAAUCUCUGAGACCACCCCCAAUGACCUCCUGCCAACGAUCACGGUUCGAUCACCUCUACUAAAGAAGGGCAAUAUGGAAAUCCUUGUCAGUUCUCUUGGCUCUGACUCGGGUUCCUCCGGCACCACCCUUUCCGCGGACACCUUCCUUGUUCCAAAUGUCACGAUUCAAACAUCCCACUCGGGCAGACAGAAUGUUGUGCGUUAUCCCGUUCAUCGGAGCAUUGUGUGCGCAGAGGGAGUUGAUGGACUCCUGGCGUUCAGCACGCUCAUGGGCCGCUCAAACCUCAAGAACGAGGUGGAAUCAAUUCGAGGAACGAUUGAGCUCUCGGUAUCAGAACAGAAUCGCAGUGGCAGCCGACUCUCUUUUGUGAAUAUUGCACAGGCCUCGGCGGCCUUGGAUAAGAUUCGCGAGACCGUGAAGAAUGCCACGGAGUAUGAACGGGGGUGGACCGGCAGUGGUGUGCAGCCUGUUAUUGAUUGGUUGUCAGCUUCUGCCCAGAGUUCCAGGCAUGAUGCGUUGAAUCCAGCAUUGGUUCCGCUCAUUGAGUCUCUCCUCGACUCAGCCGACGAGGGGUACAAUACUCAAACUGCCAAGGCGGUCUAUGACCAGACUAUUGGUGUCGCCCCAGAGGAGGUGCGCUCCGAGCUCGAAGAUGGUGUUACAAACUGGGCAGAGAAAGCCCACUCAGAACUCCGCAGCUCUCUGGAAGCGGGCUUCGCUAGCCCACGAUGGCGUGGCCUGGCUUGGUGGAAGCUAUUCUGGCGCGUUGACGACGUAGGUAUGAUCACAUCCGAGAUCUUGGAGAAGAGAUUCCUUCGCCGCGCGGAGCGGGAUGUGAUUUGGACGUCCGGCAAAUACCAGCAGGCUGGUCUGUUGGACGAAUCUUCUCCGUCUCCCGAAUCUACCUCGGACGGCACUGCCCCUGCCAAGUCCACUCCACCCCCUUGGCCAACCCAGAUCACUGAUACCCGUGCGAAACUACUCAACACCACGGUCCCCUCUCUCCAAGCACUUGCCCAGAGCCUAGUGCUCUUCAGCGUCUCCACUACCACCCUCACAUCUGCCCUCUCUGCCCUCACAUACGUCUCUAUUCCCACCGCCUCGGUGUACGAGACAUGCACACUAGGUGCAGUGGGUUUGAUCUAUUCUUUACGGCGUCAACAAAAGAAGUGGGAUGUGGCUCGUGGUUUCUGGGAAGACGAGGUUCGUGAGGAAGGCCGGAACUCUCUUCUCGAUACAGAGGCCUCCUUGCGGAAGAUUGUCCGCGAGGGUGGCAAGCAGACUGAAGAUGUGACUGACAACCGCACAAGAGACGCCAUUACUCGUGCCCGCGAGGCUCUGGAAGACGUCAAGGCUUGA